AUGACGAAGCUUGGGAAACUCUUUGGAGUUUCGCAGACCAAUCUUCAGCAAAUGAAUAGCCCGGUGUAUGAGGAACCCAAGCAAGCGGCUAAUGGCGCUCAUGACAAAGAUAAUCUGGUAGGUGGGCUGAGGAAAGCAUCACCAUUUUCUAGUAAGGAGGAUAUUAUAGCGGUGGGUCAGGAAGAGGGCAGAGCAUCGCCUAUGCAGAGAAACAUGUUGUACGGUAUUAAUAGCAAUAAUAGCAAAAAUAGCAGUAAUGAGCAUAACAGUAAUAUUAAGAAUGACGGCAAUAUUAGUAUGGGGGUAGGCGCCAACAACCAGAACACUAAUGGAAACAUACAGAUGACUAAUAAUAAGGGCAAAGCGGCGUCGAGGCUGCUGAUGGUAUCACCAAGAACAGGAUCGAAAACAAACAUUUCUACGAUGAAUAAUCCCAACAGAAUUGCUUCUCCAGCCCAUUCAGUGAAUUCUUCGGAAGAUAAUAUAUUGUUCCACCCUCAACCACAAGUGGUAACGUCCAUGGCGUCAGAUUUCAAUCUUCAUUCAGGCUCAAACACUAAUUUGCCUGCCAUAAGCUCUCCUAGUCCAAUGAACAUACGAUCGCCUAGUAUGUCCGUUUCGUCAACAAAUACAAACCAACCCACGAAAAAGACUCCUAGCAGUGCUGGCGGUAAGUCAAAUCCAGUCUCGAGAACAUCUUCAUUGAAAACUAAGCCAGUGGCACUAAAGGAUAAAGACCUCAAUUCGUCCGCUGUAUCGCCUAGUCCAACGCCUACCAAACCGAGGUUCAGAAUGCUAGAAAAUGGUUUGCAUGAGCAUAAUUUGCGUUCUGCUAAACGACAAGAAAAGUUGUCGAAUAUGUUGAAAGGCUUAUUAGGGUCGAAAAAAUUACGUGAUGAGGCUAUAUCAGCCGUGCCCAAUAUAUUGCAAACACCACAACCAUCAAAUUCACAGUUACCACAAACUAAUGACAAGCCACCCACCCUUUUUGCUGGAUUAGUUCAUCAGGUCAAAAAUAAUACCUCCCCAUAUCAUGGUACAGUGAAUGGAAUAGGCGAGCAACCAGAUUGCAGGUCUUUUGUUGAAAAGUAUGGUAGAUGUCAAGAAAUCAUAGGGAAGGGAUCUUUUGGGGUGGUACGGAUAUCGCAUAAGAAAAUCAUCGGUCAAAACAGUGACACGGAAGAAAAAUUAUACGCAGUGAAAGAGUUCAAGCGAAGGCCCAACGAAUCAGACAAAAAGUAUAAUAGAAGACUCACGUCAGAAUUCUGCAUCUCAUCUUCAUUGAAGAACAUGAACAUCAUCAACACGUUGGACCUAUUGAAGGAUGCGAAGGGUGACUACUGCGAAGUAAUGGAAUUUUGUUCGGGCGGUGAUUUGUACACCUUGAUCAUCGCCUCAGGAAAACUAGAGUAUGCCGAAGCCGACUGCUUUUUCAAAGAAUUAAUCAGAGGUGUCAACUACAUGCAUGAAAUGGGUGUCAGCCAUCGAGACUUGAAGCCCGAAAACUUGUUAUUAACGCAAAAUGGUAUAUUGAAGAUCACCGACUUUGGAAACGGUGAGUGCUUCAAAAUGGCCUGGGAAAACGAAAUCCAAUACAGUGAAGGCAUCUGCGGCUCCUCGCCGUAUAUUGCUCCCGAAGAGUUCAGCCAGCAUUCUUUCGAUCCUCGCGGCGUCGAUAUAUGGGCCUGUGGUGUUAUUUACAUGGCCAUGAGGACCGGUAGGCAGUUAUGGAAGUUGGCCGACCCUAAAAAGGACGAGUUCUUCGAAGAGUAUUUGAUGAAGCGGAAGGAUGCCUCUGGCUACGAGCCUAUUGAGUCUUUAAAGAGGGCACGUUGUAGAAACGUCAUCUACUCGAUUUUGGACCCUAAGCCUGAGAGGCGUAUUAAUGGUAAGCAGAUUUUGAAUAGUGAAUGGGGUAGAGAAAUCAAGGUUUGUGAUGCAGGUGAAGGUAAGUCUGAUAGUCAACCACCUGAAAUAUAG